AUGGACGUCGCCGGUGACGGCGGAGGCGGCCGCCGCCCCAACUUCCCUCUGCAGCUCCUUGAGAAGAAAGAGGAGCAGCCGUGCUCCAGCUCGGCUGCGGUGGGCACGUCGGCGGGAGGCAACGGGAAUGGAUCGGGGGCCGGAGGUGAGGUGCAGGUGCGGAAGGCGGCGCCCAAGCGGAGCUCCACCAAGGACCGGCACACCAAGGUGGAAGGCAGGGGCCGUCGCAUCCGGAUGCCAGCGCUGUGUGCGGCCCGGGUGUUCCAGCUGACGCGAGAGCUCGGGCACAAGACGGACGGCGAGACCAUCGAGUGGCUGCUACAGCAGGCCGAGCCUGCGGUGAUCGCGGCCACCGGGACCGGCACCAUCCCGGCCAACUUCACCUCCCUCAACAUCUCCCUCCGCUCCUCGGGCUCCUCGUUCUCCGCGCCGGCCCACCUCCGCGCCGCCUUGCCUAGCCCCGCCGCCGCCGCCCGGUUCGGCCGUGCUGACGCGUGGGACCGGGUUGUCGGCCUUGGCUUCCAUUCGGAGGGCCCGGCCUCGUCGUCGUCGUUGCCGUCCCCCUUGUUGCUUAACUUCCACUCCGGCAGCGUCGGUCUUGACGUGCAGCCGUCGCCGUCUGCCGCCGCCGCAGCAGCCGCCGAUAUGUCGAGGAAGAGGCGGUGGGAACAAGAAAUGCAGCAGCAGCAGCAGCAGCAGCAGCAACAGCAGCAGCAAGCACAGCAAUAUCAGCAGCAGAUGGCGGGGUACACGCAGAGCCAAAUGCCGGGCACCGUGUGGAUGGUGCCGAGCAACAACACGCAGGGCGGUGGUGCACCUUCCAGCGGUGGCAGUGGCGGCAGCGGCGGAGGCAGUGGCGAGUCCAUCUGGACGUUCCCGCAGAUGGGCAGCGCCGCCGCCGCGGCUGCCGUGUACCGGGGCAGCGUGCCGAGCGGGCUACAUUUCAUGAACUUCCCUGCACCGGUGGCGCUGCUUCCAGGGCAGCAACUGGGGCUCGGCCCCGUGGGAGGCAGCGGCGGCGGAGGCGGAGGCGAGGGACACAUGGGGAUCCUCGCCGCCCUCAAUGCGUACCGGACACAGGCGGCAACGGAUCCCGCGGCCAGCCAGGGCGGAGGAGGAGGUGGAGGAGGCGGGUCUGGCCAGCAGCAGCAGCAGCAGCAGCAGCAGCACGGUGGCGGCCGCGGCGACCGGCAUGAGAGCAUGAGCACCAGCGACUCGUAG